CCCCAGACAAGAUCCCCUCCACCAUAUUAAAUUGAUUUCCAACACUUCGACGCUCGAAUGCUUCUCUGGCUGUGAUUGAGAUUGUAGGAAAGUAGCAGCAUGGACGAAGCGAUGGACUCCGACAUUACGGGUAGAAAUACCCCAGAUACCGACACAAUGGACACCGAUUCCCCCUCAAGACAAUUCGCAUCCAACGGAGCCACAGAGUCAAAUCACGAACUGUCGAUGAAUGGUGCAAACGGUGUAUCGCAUGAGGUACCAGAUGAGCCUGUAAUGACAACUCCAACACCGAAACGACGUGGGAGACCACCAAAGAAUGCAAGCCGCCAGUCGAUCCCUUCCAAGGCAAAGAAGCUUGCGCUGUUCGAGACGCCUACAAAACCCAACGGCGCUGGCAUGGCAACUCCUCAAAAGCAAGCUGCUGAUCGAUCUGCCAUGCGAAAGACAGUCCGGACUCUAAUUGAACAGGCAACACUGGACGGCGCCAGCGAUGACGAACAGGACGAUGACCUCGUAGCCCGUGAGCUCUAUGGCGAUAGCGACGGGGACGACACAGAGAUGAUGGAUGACGGUACGAGCGUUGGCGAUGGUCGAUCAGAUAUUGGAACGGCAGACGAGCUAGCUACGCCUUCAAAAGCUCCUCAAAGACGGAAGCGACGCCAACGGGCGAGAUCGCCAACACCGCCUCGGGAUCUUCCAGCACACGAAAUGUACUUUCUGCACAACAAGCCUGGCAGACCAAAGACCUCUGACAACACGCUCGCAUCUCUGACACUUCUUGCUCACGAUGAAUACUUUGAAAUUAUGAAAACAUAUCAAGAUCCCCAUGGUGCCGAUAUCGAAUAUCUCGAGACACUUCACGCCGAGUCGUUUCCACAAUGGCUAUUCGAACUUACCCAAGGAUAUAGUCUGUGCCUAUAUGGGUUUGGAUCGAAGCGGAAGCUGCUCAAGAAGUUUGCGACACAUAUAUACGAACGAAACAAGAUCUCUGGCAAUGGUGAUAUUGUCAUGGUCAACGGUUACGCCCCAACCACCACCAUCCGUGACAUUCUUACUUGCGUUUCUACGGCUGUUGAUCCGUCGCGCAAAGCGUCGACUGCUCAGCCAUCUAUCAUGGCCCAGUCCAUACUAUCGCACCUUUCUGAAACACCAAAUAAAACAGUGACCAUUGUAGUCAACUCAAUCGACGGCGCGCCGCUUCGAAAGGGCACAACACAAGGUGUACUGGCCAAACUGGCAGCGCACCCGCAGAUUCACUUCAUCUGCUCUGCAGACUCGCCGGACUUCACACUCUUAUGGGAUAUCGGCCACCGCUCAGCUUUUAACUUUACAUUCCACGACUGCACAACGUUUGCUCCGAUGCUAGCGGAAAUCGACGCCGUUGACGAGGUACAUGAGCUGCUUGGUAGACAGGCACGCCGUAUCAAUGGCCGUGAAGGUGUUGCAUUUGUCCUUAAGAGUUUGCCAGACAACGCCAAGAACCUCUUCCAGCUCCUGGUUGGCGAAGUGUUGGUGGUUAUGGGAGAUACUGGCGAAACAAAUGGCGAAGAGGGAGCUGGCGUCGAAUACCGAGCCAUGUACAACAAGUCUGUGGAGGAGUUUAUUUGUACAUCCGAAAUGGCCUUUCGUACACUUCUCAAAGAAUUUCACGACCAUCAAAUCAUUACGAGCAAGAAGGACGCCGUGGGCACAGAAAUGCUCAGCUUACCAUUCUCUAUGGAAGAUUUGGAAGCAAUCUACGAGGAUCUAGCUGGAUGAGAGAUCUCCAAGGGGACAGUCCCUUCAUCGAAUAUAUCUAUAAAUAUAUACAUAGAAACAAAAAGGCAGAGAUGGUAUUAUUUAGCGGGAGUUUUAUAUGAAAUAAAAUUAACAUUAUUUAUUCAAUGACCAGAAUGGCUCUAUAUUUUUCAUGAUGGAUUGAGAUGUUUUCCAUCUCUAUGCAUUACUAUAUGUACAAGGUAGUGAACGCCUUUGUGUAGGCUUUUGUCAAGUUAAAUGGCAAGACUCUUUACGCAAGUCCAGAGAAUGACGGGAACAACAACAUUAUCGUUUCCGCCGGUAAGCACAGCUUCAGUCAAGCUGGCAAUCGUUGCGCAGACGCCAGCGUUACGGCUCGUCGCCAGUAUGCUCGCGGGCUCUUCGCUCACUGGCCAUCCGCCUAUUCUCAGCCAUGCUACAGAUACCAUUAGGCCAAUAAACACGGCGACGGCAAAAGCAACACUGCCUUCAAGGCUCUUUCCGCCUCCCCAAAUCCAUUUGCGGUGACCCCAGCGGCGACCUAUCAGCGACGCAGCUGCAUCACCGAGCCCAACGCAUAUCACACCAGCAAGCAUGCUGACAUCCCUUGUUGGUACCUCCCAGCCAGUGGCAAUGCCCGAACCUGUUCUUGGCAGCGAUCCAAGUGCAAGCCAAAGCGGUAUCGCGCAUCCAAUAAGCAGAAAUAUAUGGGAGAUGACCACUGGUCCACGAAAGUCACGGCCAUCCACAUAUGGGGCCAGGAAUGCUGCAAGUGGUUUUGAUAGAGGUGGAAGUUGACUUGCUCGAAGGAGAUCAAGAAUGAGGAAGACGGCUAGGAUAAGUGCCAAUGCAAGCGCAGCAUAUGCCGGAUCAACGAAUGUGGCUGGGAUGAACAUGCCUACCAUCAUAAAGUGAAAUACCUUACGACGAGUGUCGACUUCGUAAGUGUCCUUAAGCUGGAAGACAAUGAGGAGACCAAAGAUGAGAAUGGUGAGCCAGUAGCCGCUUAGCAGAAGUCGAGUGUUGGCUUCACCAAAGUCAUUGGCUCGAAUGUGCUGAACCCAGCCCAUGGUGCAUGCGCGGUCUGUGGAAUCCAGUAGAGGAGGUAGGCAAACCCAGUGGUCAAAGUUUGAAUGAACAACUUGGAACCGGAACCAUGAUAUACCACCUAAUAGGUAACCCAGGGCCCAGCCGAUAGGUUCAUUCCCGUUCAAGGCAUAGAUUUGAACAAAUGUCCGUACGCCAACGAAGAUUACAAGCACAAUGGUAGUAUACACAUAUGCUGCAUAUGCCCACUUUCGUAUUCCAGCUUCUUCGUACGUCAGUUUGAGGAAUGGUUUUGCAGACACCGAUGUCCCUCUCUUCUUCCUACCAGAGGAUGUGUGAGUAGUACUAGUAGGAAUUGGCUUUUCUGGAGUUGCUAAUGUGUGUCGACGGACUAGGUCGGCAUCUGGGGACUCGGGUGUAGCUGUGGUUGUAUUUCGGUGUCCGUUACCAAAGGUCUGUGUUCUUGCAGGUUGUUUCAGCAACAAAACAUCGUCGUCAGAAUCGCCUGAUUCUGGGGUUUCAUAUAGAAUGUCUUCCAAAGAGGGAGACCUUGCAUCGCCGCGAGUUUUGGCCCAUGACAAUGCCUUAGCAACGCUCUUCCAAAGGGGCCGCUUCUGUGACGUUAUUGACGGGCGUCUAAAUCUCCAUCGCGGAACUCUAGCGAGAGUAAUGCCCCAGCGAAUAACAGUUCCGCAGAGCAACAGUACGGCAACGCCACCUAUCCAGAGCAAGCCCUUUAGAAUUUGGAUUUGUGGAGACACGGCUAGGAUUAAUACGUCGACAAGGGCUACUCCUAAGAGUUGAAGUUCGGCGCUUAGUAAACUUGUUGUCGUAAGGUGGUGUAGCACGAUGCUUGUUGUUCUCUGCAAGGGAUACAGCAAUACAGCAGCCUCUAGCGGCAGGGCUCCUAGCUGAGCGGCGAGUGCCACAUCUCCCUUUGUUCCCCGACACCAUAAUAACGGAAGGCAUGUUAAUACCCAAUGUAAUGUAUCGUAGUGCGCGAAGAUCUCUAGUUUUGGAAUGACCUGCUGUGGCAGUGCGCAGAGGCCGAGGAUAAGGUUCGGUAGCAUCACACCUCUGUUUUUCGGUGACACGAGAAGUGAUACCAGAAUCGUGAUUGCAGGGGGGUAUAAUAGAGGUGCAGGAUCGAAAUUAUGUGGUAAUCGGAUCGGAAGCCAUUGUUUCGGAGAUCUGUUCCAAUAAGUCCAGCGUAUGAUUCGUAACGGGUAUAAGACAGCUAGUGUGGCGCAAAGGAUAGCACAGUUGAGCAGUUCUAAGCCCUGUUAGUAUGGAAAUAGGAUAGUAAUAUUGCUGCGACAUACCAUUACGCCAAUAUCUUGCGACAGGGAGGACUUGGCUGUUUCUAAUAACCAUGGUGCUCAGGGCGAGCACGAUGAAGACCUCAGUAACACGCCGCACCAGGUUCUUAUUACGUCUGGCAAUAUCAAUGGCUGGGUUUUCAUGCUGAAUUGGGCGAACUGGCUUCACUUUGGCCGAUUCCGGAGAGAAGGUGAGUUCAAAGAGCUGCGACUGGUUUGGCGUCGACGCGCCAGAGAAGACCUCAUUGCGCCCUCGCAAUCCCUUGUGUAGCUUAACUUUGGGCGCUGGAAGCCCUUUUAGAAUGUGUUCGUCGUCUGCUUCUGUCCCACUUUCGCUUCCGGGGCUUGAUUCUUUCGAGAAACCUGCUGGUCGAGGGACGCCGAGGCGAUGCGAGGGGUCGGGCAGGUCGGCGCUUUGGUGAUGAUACGGAUGAGGAGAUCUGCUCAUAGCGCGCAUCCUAUCUUGCUGACCGGGUUCCGGCGCCUGACUAGGCCCAGAGCUAGGCAUCUUCGGUAAUGUGUGUCGUAGAGCUAAUAUGCAUACGUGAUCAUAGGGGGUAAGCUCGGCCAGCAACCUGAUGAUUCGAUGACGUUGCGACGACAGGCGUUGCGACAGACCAUGUGAUAAAUCUCACGGGCUGGGACGGAUCGCCAAUUGCCUCGAAAGCUGGGUCUUUAAGAGAUCAAUGACAACAUUAUUAGGAGAAAGUCUGAUAUGAAAAAGAAUCGGGUGUCGGAAAAUUUGCGUGUGGUGAAUUUCACAUGG